CGGGACCGAAGGUGGGGGGGCGGGGCCGAGGCAGGGGCCUACCGCGGCGGCAGUUCUCGCCUGCCUGGCUGCAGCCUGGUCCCGCAGGUCGCCUCCGGGGCGGAACAAAGGAAGCGCCAGUCCCAGCCAGACGAUGGUGGGCAUCCCAGGAGCCUCCCAGUAAACUGGCCGUUUUCGAACAGCAGCUGGAUUGUUUUAGCCUCGGCUGCACACGUUGCUACUGAGAAGAGGGUAUCAGUAAUGCCAGGAUCCCCUGUGGAAGUAAAGAUACAGUCACGAUCGUCUCCGUCCAGUAUGCCGCCGCUGCCUCCUGUCAACUCCAGUGGUCCCCGGUCUGUCUCAUUUACCCCUGCAGCAUUACCAAAUGGGACAAACCAUUCUCCCCCUACACUGAAUGGAGCACCAUCACCACCUCAGAGGUUUAGCAAUGGGCCAUCCUCAUCUUCAUCAUCUUCACUGACCAAUCAGCAGCUCCCAGCUACCUGUGGGGCUCGUCAGCUCAGCAAACUGAAGAGGUUUCUUACCACCCUACAGCAGUUUGGUAACGACAUUUCACCAGAGAUUGGGGAGAAGGUCCGGACACUUGUUUUAGCAUUAGUGAAUUCUACAGUGACAAUAGAAGAGUUUCACUGCAAACUUCAGGAGGCCACUAAUUUUCCUCUCCGCCCGUUUGUGAUUCCAUUCUUGAAGGCCAACCUUCCACUUCUACAGAGGGAGCUGCUGCACUGUGCUCGGGCAGCCAAACAGACUCCUUCCCAAUAUUUGGCCCAACAUGAACAUGUCUUGCUGAACACAAACACAUCUUCCCCAGCUGAUUCAUCCGAGCUGCUGAUGGAAGUGAAUGGAAACGGGAAGAGGCACAGUCCGGACAGGAGAGAAGAAAGCAGCUUUGAGAGAGACCCACUCCCCUCAGAGCCCCCUGCCAAGAGGGUGUGCACCAUUAGCCCAGCUCCUAGGCACAGCCCAGCCCUGAUGCUGCCCGUCAUCAAUCCAGCUGGGCAGUUCCAUCCUACUCCUCCCCCGCUCCAGCAUUACACCUUGGAAGACAUUGCAACCUCCCACUUGUACCGAGACCCAAGCAAGAUGUUGGAGCACAGGGAACUGCGAGACAGGCAUGGUGUCGGGUUAAAUGGAGGCUAUCAGGAUGAGCUUGUGGAUCAUCGCUUGACAGAGAGAGAAUGGGCUGAUGAAUGGAAGCAUCUUGACCAUGUAAGGAACUUGAAAGCACAGCCUCCAGCUCCUCUUAACAUGAGCUUCACAGCAUUGAACUGCAUCAUGGAAAUGGUAGAGAAGACCAGACGCUCCAUGGCUGUCCUCCGCCGGUGCCAAGAGGCUGACAGGGAAGAGCUGAACUAUUGGAAGAGACGAUGCAGUGAAACUUCAGAGCCUCGGAAAGGAGGGAGCGAAUUAAUUGUAAGGCAGCACAGCCCAGGGAGCUCAGAUUCAGUCAGCAGUGAUUCUCAACGUGAGUUUAGUAGCCGGUCAGGAGCAGCCAGCUAUGUCACUGAAGAGAUCUGGAAGAAAGCCGAAGAAGCUGUGAAUGAAGUGAAGCGCCAGGCCAUGUCUGAAGUCCAGAAAGCUGUAGCAGAGGCUGAGCAGAAGGCCUUUGAAAUGAUUGCAUCUGAGAGGGCUCAAAUGGAGCAGACCAUUGCAGAUGCCAAGCGCCAGGCAGCUGAGGAUGCUUUUCUAGUGAUCAAUGAGCAGGAAGAGUCUACAGAGAGCUGCUGGAACUGUGGCCGCAAAGCCAGCGAGACAUGCAGCGGAUGCAACAUUGCCCGCUAUUGUGGCUCCUUUUGCCAGCAUAAGGAUUGGGAGAGACACCAUCGAAUCUGUGGGCAAGGCCUGCACAGCCAGGUCAAACCACUCCCCUUGCCAGCAGGCCGAUCUGCAGCCGUCACCCACAAAGCAGUCGAGGGCAUCCCAAGUCCAGCUCUAGAGAAAACUUCAGCUACCACCUCUCGAUCCUCCACUCCAGCCUCCAUGACAGCAGUAGACACCAAUGGACUCUAAAAAGGGAUAUGACCAUCCAGCAUAUUUUGUUAUUUUUCCUAGUUUUCUACAUUAAAAGUCAGACUCCUCAAAGCAGUUGUUGAACGUUUGUACUGCGGCACACUGUCACUCAAGCUAAUGCUUAUGGGUCAUUUCCCCCCACAUCGUUUAACUGGCUCACCCAGAAGUCCACGCUGGCUUUCCUCAUUGGGAUCCCAGAAUGAUCUCCUGGGAUUCAGAAGCAACAGUUUCCUCAAAUCCUGAGAACUUUGGCUUCUCGGGUUUUUUAAUCUGCACUUUCUCAAAGGGGUAUCUUCUUGUUGUCACUUUGAGAACUGAUGUGAGUUUUUAACAAGGCUCCUCCAUGACUUCUGUGCUGCUGAAUUUUCUUUUCCUUCGUGCACACGCAUAUGCACAGCGGCAUAGGGCAGGUGAGCCAUGAUUGGAAACUACAUUGAGGGCAAUGAGCUACUUUGUCUUGCCUACUUCUCCCUCUCUUUCUCUUCCUCCCAUCUAACACUGUUAAUUUCUCUCCCCCCCACCACCUUGUUCUGUACCCACAAGCUGUGGACAGAUCUGGGGUGGAGGAGGAGGUGGUGGAAUGUUGCUAUUCUUGAUUACUGGAGGGAGGAUCUAAAACUACUUCCUGGACAGUGUGAAUCACGAUCGGUCUCACUUGGCACAUUUUAAUCCUUCACUUGUAUAAAAAAAGUCCAUCUCUACAUAUGUCUGUGGGCCUUAACAGAUUGAGAGGUGUCGUGCCGCCAUUUUGCAGAUCACCCUUUGUAGCUCUUUCCCUCCAGUCGACUGGUUUAUUUUUCUAUGCAGGAGACAUUCCCCACGAUCACACUACACACUGUUGAUUUUAAAUGCAUCAUUUGAGGUUUAUCAGUGCAUAAAUUAACACACAAAUCCAUUAUUCCAUUGUGUAAUUUGCAGCCCAUUCUCUCCACAACAGGUUGGCUAAACUAAAUAAGGUUCAUUUUUAGCUUUUCAACGUUUGCAUAUAACCAAGGUUAAUGAGGUUUCUAAACAAUCACCGUCAAUCCACUGGCUCCAGUUAAAGAUUCUGUGCACUGGAAACAAAGCAGUGAAAUUUGGAGAUUCUUUUUUCGGUGCUAAGGUUUAUCUAGUUGCAUCUUUACCAACCAGCCUCUGUUAUCUUGGCAGUGUUUAAAGUGCAUUUUUAGAACGACUCUUCCAAAGAAUUCAAAUCCAUCCUCUUAUGGUGCUCCAUCAAGUGUGCCAAAUUACUCAUCAAUGUCCUAGUUGGACAUACAUUGCAAGAUCAGCUGAGGAUUGAUAAAUAACUUACAGCCACUGGGGAAUCCACAUAUAGAAGUUUAAUGUACUUGGCCUUAUUGUACAUCCACUAGAGCUCUUGACUCAUGUUGCAGUGCAAAAGGUGAUACUUCCAUUUGGCUUGAGAGUCAAUGCUCAGAAGACGUUACUUCUGAGAAACGUACGCUGGCAUGAUUUGAAAUUGUAACUAACUGUCUUUCAGGUUAUAAGUGAUCUCCUAAAAUGAAACUUUUUGGAACUGCUGUGAUUUUUUAUUUGGCACAUGUGUUUAUAUGUCUCCAUGCAUUCAUGGGCCCAAGUAUGCUACUGCUCAGAAAAUAAUAACCAGAAAUACCAUUUGCCAACACACUCCCUAGUGAUGUGCUAUCAAAGGGAACAUUCUUGUGUAUUGAUUAUUGGCAAGGCUUGGGAAUUCAUCAAGCAUUCUCUUUCAUUGGCCACCUCCGUUAUACGCAGAGCCCAACAAAUCCAGAAGUUUGAGUGAAAAGCUUUAUUAAGAUUGCAUAUUUUCUAUUGAUAGAAAAUAUAACCAAGGCUGGUGUCAGUUUACAAUAUUCCCAGAGUUUGCAGCAAAUAUGGAGAUAUUAAAAUGAAAACUACUUACCUUAGAAAUCCCAGUUAUUGCAUAAUUGUCUGAAAAGAACUAAAAUUCUACGAGAUGAGCUCCAAAGACAUUGUGUGUGUCUGUGUGCGUGCCUGUGUGUGUGCAAGAGAGACAAGUGGCAUUCUGAUAAAUGGUGUGUACAUAGACAGUCUUCCAUAACUUUCCAUGCAACUGCAAUGGCUUGCUGUGUAUUAAAAGAAAAAUACUUUAAUUUUAAUGUACAUAAAUUAAAUACUACCGGUCAUGAUUUAUGAUGAUUUUUGAAAAAAGAAAGUGAAAGAUGUGAAAUUCUAUUAUUCUAUUCUUCUUGGAUUCAGUUCUCUUUCUCCUCCCUCUCCCUCUUCCUCUCUGAUUUUUUUGGGGUGCGGGGGCGGGCGGUUAUUUGAUUUUAUGCUGGGGAAUUUUUGUUACCUAUUUCAUCUGCAUAACUUAUUUAAUGUACUGUAUAAAGGAACCGAAACUGUUACAGAUGUAUUUAGUUUGUUCUACUCACAGUAGUCAAUAAAAAAGACUAUAUUCACCUUAAA